AUGACAAUUGAGAACGACAACAAGAACAAAAGACCCAAUUUUUUAAUCAUCGUGGCUGAUGAUUUGGGAUUCACUGAUUUGUCACCGUUUGGUGGAGAAAUACAUACCCCGAAUCUACACAAAUUGGCAACGCAAAAUGGUGUAAGACUCACAGACUUCCACACAGCUUCAGCCUGUUCGCCCACAAGAUCAAUGUUGCUUAGUGGUACUGAUAAUCACAUUGCCGGUUUGGGUCAAAUGGCUGAAUUCGCCGUACGCCAUCCCAAAAAAUUUAAAGAUCAACCUGGGUAUGAAGGAUAUCUAAAUGAUAAAGUUGUCGCAUUGCCCGAGAUUUUGCGAGAUGAUGGCUACCACACAUUCAUCUCUGGUAAAUGGCAUUUAGGGUUAAAAAAACCAUACUGGCCAAACAAGCGCGGUUUCGAAAAAUCAUGGGUCUUGUUACCUGGUGCUGGAAACCAUUACAAAUAUAUAGUGAGAGAUGAAAACGGAGAACAAGCACCUUUUCUUCCCAACUUUUUUGUCGAAGAUGAUACCGAGUUGACACCAGAAACCGAUUUACCAGACGAUUAUUACUCAACAACUUACUUUACCGACAAGGCUAUACAAUUCAUUGACGAAACACCCAAGGAAAAACCUUUUUUUGGAUUUUUAACCUACACUGCACCACAUUGGCCCUACCAAGCACCACAAGAAAGAAUUGCCAAAUACAAGGGUGUCUACGACAAUGGACCAGAGACUUUACGCAAAAAGAGAUUACAAAGAGCAUUGGAAUUGGGAAUCAUUGAGGAAAACAUCAAGCCGCAUCCUAUACACACCAUACGUAAAGAAUGGAAAGACCUCACGGAUGAAGAAAAAGCUAUUGAAACAAAAAUUGUGCAAACAUACGCGGCAAUGGUUGAAAUACUUGACGAGAAUAUUGGAAGAAUCAUUGACCAUUUAGAAGCUAAAAAAGAGUUGGACAACACAUUCAUCUUGUUUAUGUCGGAUAACGGUGCCGAAGGAAUGUUGAUGGAAGCAUUGCCUUUAACUAAUCAAAGAAUUACUGGAUUCGUUAACAAGUAUUAUGACAACUCACUCGACAACAUAGGCAAGUACAAUUCAUUCACGUUUUAUGGUGACCAAUGGGCCCAAGCUGCUACAGCGCCUCACUCGAUGUACAAGAUGUGGAGUACCGAAGGCGCCAUUGUUUGUCCCUUAAUUGUUCAUUACCCACCACUUCUCAAGCACAAUGACCAACAAGGGAAAAUAUUGAAGGAAUUCACUACCGUUAUGGAUAUCUUACCUACAGUGUUGGAUCUUGCCGGUAUAAAACAUCCAGGCUCAGAAUACCAGGGCAGGAAAGUUGCGAUUCCCAAAGGUAAGUCAUGGAAAUCAUACUUACAAGGGGAAACUCCCUACGUCCACGAUGAAAAUACGGUUACUGGUUGGGAAUUGUUUGGUCAACAAGCAAUAAGAAAGGGCCGGUACAAGGCGGUUUUUAUCCCUAAACCAUUUGGACCUGAAAAAUGGCAAUUGUUUAAUAUCAUCGAAGAUCCAGGUGAAACUCACGACUUGUCUGAGACUUACUCGGAUGUCCUACAGGAAUUAACCGACCAUUGGGCCGUGUAUGCAGCAGAAACUGGAUUGAUUGAAUUGGGACCAGAUUUCUUUGAAGCUGAAAAAAUCACAGGCGAUGGUGAAGAUAAUGAAAGAAAUGAAAUCAAGUAUCGCAUAUUAAAAGAUUAA